AUGUCCGCCGUGAAUGGCUUGGGGUUGCCACUCCCGGAGUUUCAUCUUGCAGGAUCAGCAGCAGCGGCGUUUGCGUUUACGCAACCGCAAGCGCAACCGCAGCAGCAAGCGCAACCGCUCCACCGGCAUUCGCAGGACCAUGCCCACGCGCCAGCCCGAGCGCCGGGGGGGGAGCAUCUUCAUUGGCGCGCACAUGCGCAGGCGUACUUGGCGGAAGCUUCGCUGCUCUCCACUGAGGGCAGCAUCGGCGGAUCGGCGGAGAGGCACCAGGCGCGGUAUGGGGAGAAGGCUGAGACAGCAGGGGGAUGCGCGAACGGUUUCGUGUCAGUUCCAGUGGUUAAUGGCCUCUCGCAUGGGCAUGGCUAUGGCCCUGGCCCGGCGCAUUUCACGGCGCACGUUCCGCUACAUAGCGCUGCUGCUGCGACGGACAGAUCGACUGGCUUCAGCGAUUCCGCUGUACCAGUGACGACGGCAGCAGCAGCGGCUGCGUCGACGGCGACGGCGGCUGCAGAAGCGGCGUUACACGACCCUCUUCCGUUUUCCGCCGUGCCUUGCGCCGCCAUUCCCGCGAGUUCCGCCGCGGCUGUCCCGCCGACGACGACUCUUACGCUUCUCCUACCCAGUAGCAGCAGCGGUGGCGGCAGCGCGGGGAGCGUGGGUGGCGCUGGUGACCUAAUGGGAAGCGCGGCGCAGGCGCAGGCGCAAGCGAGCGCGGCGGCGAUGGAUUCGAUCAACCGGAAGACGGAGCGGGUGCUGUGUAUUUCCAGCGUCGAUCCCGGGAGAGACGGGGAGCGCCAGGGCGACAUGGAAGGGGCCUUGACGGAGGUUCCGCAGGAAGGGACGUCGGGGGAAGCGCGCCUGGCGGAAACGGCUCAUAUGUCGGUUUCCGCCAACGGCGGCAGUCAGUGGGCGCAAGUGGUGGAGAUCCGUGGCGCGGACGCGCAGGCGGUGGCGGAGGCGGAGCACGUGGCGGGUGUUGGCUCGCCGGACGCGGUCGGGGGGGUUGAUGCGGCGAAGGUCAGGAAUAUAGACACGGCGCACGGGGAUCCGCAGAUGUGCACCAAGUAUGCCGCGGAGAUCUACGCGAACCUCAGAGAUGGCGAGCGGCGGCUCCGACCCACAAUGGCGCUGGAGGAGGGGCGGGGGGGCGACAUAAGCGCGGCGAUGCGGGGCAUUCUGAUGGACUGGCUGGUGGAGGUGGCGGAGGAGUACAAGCUGGUGCCCGACACGCUCUUCCUCACCGCCGCCUACAUCGACCGCUUCCUCUCCCACGCCACCGUCACCCGCAACCACCUGCAGCUCCUCGGCAUCGCCUCCAUGCUCAUCGCCUCCAAGUACGAGGAGAUAUACGCACCGCAGGUGGACGAGUUCUGCUACAUCACGGACAACACGUACCGCCGCCAAGAGGUGCUGCUCAUGGAGCGCCAUGUGCUCGCCGUGCUGCACUUCGACCUCAGCACGCCCACCGUCAAGAGCUUCCUCAGGCGCUUCGUCAAAGCCGCCCAAGCCACCCUUCCGAGUCCCCAGCACCACCUGGAGUUCCUGGGAAACUACUUCGCAGAGCUCACGCUCGUUGACUACCCCUGCCUGCGCUUCCUCCCCUCGCAAAUCGCUGCUGCAGCUGUCUUCCUUGCCAAGCUCACACUCUACCCGGCCCUCCCACCCUGGGUAAAGCCCCCUCCUCGCCUGAAAGUUCCCCUCUGCCUUCUAAACGCUUGCGCUCGUAUCGUGUUUCCUCCCGUCUCUUCCCCUGUCCCUGUGGCACUGCAGGACGCGACACUGCAGCACUACACGGGGUAUGCGCCGUCGCAGCUCAAGGAGGCGGUCAUGGCGCUCUACGACUUGCAGCGCAACGUCAAAGGCUGCACGCUCCCUGCCAUUCGGGAGAAAUACCGCCAGCCCAAGGUGCUCAUUCAUUCAUCACUACAAGCUAGUCCCCACUCACCCUCAUGCCCUUCGUUCUCACUAUCCUCCCACCUCCUCUCUCUCCACCUCGCCCUCGUCUCCAUUCUGUGUGUUGCUGAUGUGUGGGUCACGCCUCUCAUCGCACGGAGGAGUGACGGCGAGAUUCCGUUGCCUCGUUUUUCCGUGAGCCUGCUGCACAUUCUCGCCAUGGCGUCGCGGUCUGAGAGCGCUCCUGUCAUGGCCUCCCUCCUGUCUCGAGCCAUGACCUUCCUUCCAGGCCACAUCAAGGAGCAGCGUGAAAUGUUCGUGAGUGGUCACACGGGGACGUCCAUGUUCCACGUGUCUGCGCUGGUUACCAUCGUUUUCAUUCUCUCCGCCCAGCGCCAGUUACUGCCCUUCCUGCCACCCUGCAUAAGGCCUCCAGAGCUUCCGACACCAGGCUUGCAGCUUGCGGCAUCAGUGACAGCCGAUGCUCUCCUCGUCAUCAUCCCCUCCCUCCUCACCCUCACGGUCCUAAAGGACCACCUCACAAUCACAUUCGUUAUCCUCGCAGUGAUUCUUACAACAACAGCAGCUUUGGCAACCCUCAACACCCAAGGUCCUUACCUGCUAGACAGCUCCUCGUGGCCCCUCUCCCCGCCAUCUGUCACCGAUUCAGUCAUCACCUUUCGAGCACUUCUGAUGCUGCUGACGUGCACGGCCAUUCUAGCGGUGGACUUUGACAUCUUCCCACGCAACUAUGCCAAGACUGAACGAUAUGGCACCUCCCUGAUGGAUCUGGGUGUGGGCAUGUUUGUCAUCGCCAACACAGCCUCUCAAUUCGGGUCCUCGAGGAUCAGGACAGCUGGAGAAAGAAAAGCACAUGUGUCCAUCCAACGAUUUUCGCGCAAGCUGCUGCCUCUGUUAGUGCUUGCCAUUGGACGGCUGCUGCUCACCAAAGUCACCAACUACCAGGAGCACAGCAGUGAGUACGGCGUGCACUGGAACUUCUUCUUCACUCUCGCUGCCGUGCUCUCCCUAGCACGCCUCUUCCCCACGCCCAUCCGCCACCACCCCUCACAACUGCCCCCGGGUUUCUUCCGCAGCCUCACUCCCCCCGUGCUGCUUCUAAUCGGGUACCAGGCAUGGUUGUCAUUUAUGGGAGGCAGCGAGUGGGUGUUGUCAGAUGACAGGGAAGCCACGUCCCUGAUCUCGCUCAAUAAGGAGGGCAUCUGUAGCACAGUAGGCUACCUGAGUCUCUAUCUCAUCUCUCUUCACUUUGGCACGUUCCUCAACUCCUCCUACUCGGCCAUUCGCUCUGCGCACGGUCCUCUCUUCGCCAUUGUCAAUCAGCUCCUGCCUCUCGACCUCUUCCUAUGGCUGGUAACCAUAGUAGCACAUCAAUACAUUGAGCAAACCUCCCGACGCUCCUGCAAUCUUGCAUUCGUCUGCUGGAGCUUGGCUCAAGGCGUUCAUGCUAUUCUCAUUGGGGAGCUCACCUGUCGCUCUCCCUCGCUUGUCUUCCGAGCCAUUGCUCGCUUCAUGCUCCCCACCUUCCUCAUGGCGAAUGUAGGGACGGGACUUGUCAACAUCACCAUGGAUACAUUAUCCCAACCACCACUCACUGCCAUUGCUAUCAAUGCGACUUACUUGUGUGUUCUCUUUUUUGGCGUUACAUUCGCCCAUGUAGUUUUGCCUAGUAGAACAGAGCGUGACUCAUCCAAGCAAAAAACGUCGUAG